AAGAAGCCUCCGUGGGAACUGGAUCGGCCAUUUGAAAAGAAGCCUGUGUGCCUCCAGGAUGCCUAGGAAGUGGAUUUCAGUUCUGCUGCUGCUCCAGCUGAGUUGCCACUUCAGCCCUGGGAGCUGUGGGAAGGUGCUGGUGUGGCCCACAGAAUACAGCCAUUGGAUCAACAUGAAGACAAUCCUGGAUGCACUUGUGCAGAGAGGUCAUGAAGUGACUGUUCUGACAUCCUCAGCUUCGAUUCUUGUUGAUCCCAAUAAGCCAUCUGCUAUUCAAUUUGAGAUUUAUCCUACGUCUUUAACAAAAGAUGAUUUUGAGGAUCUUUUCACACGGAUUAUCUCUAAGUGGACAUAUAUGCCAAAAUAUGCAUUUUUUACUUAUUUUUCACUAAUGCAAGAUAUCAUUUGGGAAUAUAAUGACUGUAUUCAAACACUCUGUAAAGAAGUAGUUUUGAAUAAGAAACUUAUGACCAAACUACAGGAAUCAAGGUUUGAUGUCGUUCUUGCAGAUGCCGCUGGACCUUGUGGUGAGCUGCUGGCUGAGCUACUUAAAGUACCUUUUGUGUACAGUCUCCGUUUCUCUGUUGGCUAUACAAUUGAAAGGUACAGUGGAGGACUUCCAUUCCCUCCAUCCUACGUACCUGUUAUCUUGUCAGAAUUAAGUGAUCACAUGACAUUCAUGGAGCGAGUAAAAAAUAUGAUUUACGUACUUUAUUUUGAUUUCUGGUUCCAAACAUUUACUGAGAAGUGGGAUCAGCUUUGCAGCAAAGCACUAGGAAGACCCACUACAUUAUUUGAGUUAAUGGGGAAAGCUGAUAUAUGGCUUAUUCGAACCUACUGGGAUUUUGAGUUUCCUCGCCCACUCUUGCCAAAUUUUGUAUUUGUUGGAGGCCUCCACUGCAAACCUGCUAAGCCUCUGCCUAAGGAAAUGGAAGAGUUUGCCCAGAGCUCUGGAGAAAAUGGUAUUGUGGUGUUUUCACUGGGGUCAAUGGUCACUAACAUGACAGAAGAAAGAGCCAAUGUGAUUGCAUCAGCGCUUGCCCAGCUUCCACAAAAGGUUAUAUGGAGAUAUGAUGGCAAAAAACCAGAUACCUUAGGGCCAAACACUCGGCUCUAUAAAUGGAUCCCCCAGAAUGACCUUCUUGGUCAUCCAAAAACCAAAGCCUUUAUAACUCAUGGUGGAACCAAUGGCAUCUAUGAGGCGAUCUCCCAUGGGAUCCCUAUGGUGGGCCUCCCUUUGUUUGCGGAUCAACCUGAUAACAUUGCUCACAUGAAGACCAAGGGAGCAGCUGUCAGAUUGGACUAUAACACUAUUUCAAGUGCAGAUUUGCUCAAUGCAUUGAAGACUGUCAUUAGUGACCCUUCAUAUAAGGAGAAUGCUAUGAAAUUAUCAAGAAUUCAUCAUGACCAGCCAGUAAAGCCUCUAGAUCAAGCAGUCUUCUGGAUCGAGUUUGUCAUGCGCCACAAAGGAGCCAAACACCUGCGGCCAGCCUCCCAUGACCUCAGCUGGUUCCAGUACCACUCUUUGGAUGUGAUAGGGUUCCUGCUGGCCUGUGUGGCAACGGCUACAUUUGUCAUCACAAAAUGUGUUCUGUUUUGUUGCCGGAAGCUUUUUAAAACAGGAAAGAAGAAUAAAAGAGAGUAGUUGUUUCAGAGGCCUGAAGCUCAUAUGCCUGGUAGAUAGGACUUUAUUCCAGCAGGAAGUUGCGAUGUAAGGGUCACUGCCUCCUGUGACAACCUUACUUUUCACAACUUAGCUUCUCAGGUCAAAAUUUUUUUUCAAGUGACUAUCUAAUUAAGAGUUGUAAAUAUGUCAUGCCAAACAUAAAAAUUUAUAAAAAUCAAAACAAAAAUAAAGCUAUAUGAAUAUAUUUUUAAAUUUGUUAUUCUAAUUGUAAAGUUA